AUGAAAAAGUAUGAAGCGAGAUUCGUAAAUCUGGAACAGAAAGAUAAAGAAAAGACCAGCCUUAUUGCCAAAUUAGAUGACGAUAUAAAGGAAAUCAAACAAUCUAAUACUAGUGUUUCUUCCAAAAUAAAUCUGAAUAACACUCCCGAACAGAUGCCUCAAAAUGACUCAUCUAAAAGUUCAAAAAAUAUACCCAAUAACACAUUCAAUUCUGACACAUGUCAACCUAUCUACACAAAACCUAACUUGCCAGAAGAUAAAGAAGUCACAGAUUCUCUGACUCAUCAAGAAAUGGACUAUUCUAUGACCAACACUUGUUCUGAUGAAUCCAGUAACAAGAUAAAGCAACAUAAUCAAGAGAAACAGCUUCAAGCUCAAGACUUAUCUUCAGUUAAUACAUCCAAGUUACUGGAUGAUCUUAUUAUUAAGUUGGAUAAAAAUCUAAUUACUGAACAGAAGUUAAAACAACAACU